AUCUCCACUCCGCCUCUCUGUCUGCCACUCACUGAGCCUUUGGAUGUGGUUAUCUCUCCUCAUUAAUUUUCUUUUCCUUCUGUCCAGAGUCUGCCAGGCAGUAUAGACAAAGCAGUGGCCUACCUGGAGAGGCGUCUGCCCAGCCUCACAAACCUUUAUGCUGUUGCCAUGAUCAUAUGCCCUGGCCUAUGAAAACAAACUGAACCAGGCGAUCCUCUUCAACUUUGCCUCUCCAGAUAUGUCCCACUGGCCUGUACCUAAGGGACAUGUUUACACACUGGAGGCCACAGCUUAUGCUUCUUGCUCUGGUGAAGGCCAAGGCCUUUGAAAAAGCCAGUUCUGUGGUCAAAUGGCUCAACCAACAACAGAAUGUGGACGGUGACUAUGGAUCAACUCAGGCUACUAUAAUGGUGUACCAGGCUCUAGCUGAGUACUGGACCAAUGCUAAGGAACAUGAAAUUAAUCUGGAUGUGUCCAUCUGGCUUCCAGGCAGGUCAAAACCUGAUAGGUACCACUUCAACAGGGAAAACUACUACAGCAUGAGAAUCUCUAAAUUCAACAGUAUAAUACAAGAAGUGAGUGUGUCUGCUACAGGAAAUGGAGAAGCAAGAAGCAACGUUUACC